GGUCGCUUGUGGCGUACAUGUGACCUCGUUAUCAACGCUUUUUGUCGCAUUCUCUUAUCACCGCACGGCGAACGCCGAGGCUUGCGUCGUCCAGAUUCCAGAUUUCGCCGCGUAGUGCGUACAUUGCGUCGUUCAUUUGUCACUCGAGCCGUCUUCCGACCAACAACUGCGACGCCAUCGUUCGUGUACGCUUGCCGUUCCACUACCGAUCGUUUUGCGGUAGCUUCGACUUUUCGUCAUGGACAAUCUGACCAUUGCAAACGGUGUGGGAGCUGCAGAACUUUCUGCAGGAGCUGGUUUACUUUCAAGACCAGCUGAUGAAUAUGGAAAUGAUGGAAAAGUUGAAAUGAUGUGGGCCAUCAAAGCAUACGAACAUGCAGAAAUAUAUUUUAAUUUGAUAUGUUCUGUGGAUCCAAAGUUAUUGAGAUUGACUCCUCAUGACGAGAAAAUUUAUAAAGAAUUUAGACGAUUAUUCCCCGAUCUUCAAAUUGAAGUUCUUGAUGAAGAGAAUGUAAAAGAUGAUUCUUCUAAAAUUAAAUGGAGAAGAUUCUGUGAUCUCUACAAAAACAUGGAAAACUAUAAUUUUGGCACAUUAAUCAGAAAGGAUGUACAUGGAGACUACAGUGAAAGCAACAGCUUUAUAGUUAUAAGAAUACAAUUCUAUGCUAUUGAACUGGCGAGAAAUAGAGAAGGGUUAAACGAUAUUCACUUUAUUAACAAUAUCUAUGAUAAGGAAGACUUUGAACCAUAAAAAUAUGUAAAUUAUUAUAUAUACAUAUACAUUUCUAAUUUGACUAAAUGGUUUAUGUAAGAAGCAUAUUUUGGCGAUAAAAUAAAUUUAAAUGUUUUUACUUGAUCCUAUUAUA